CUGGUGGGGAGGGGGCGGUGCGGGAGAAGAGAGGGAGGAAAGUAGAUCUGUGGGACUUGCGUGAGGAAAAAGUUUGCAAGUCUGGACAGAAGGGAAAAGUGCUUCCGAGAGACUAGCUUUGGGGAGGGGAGGGGGGAGGGAAGAAUAGCUGCUGCUUCUUUUUUUUUUUCCCCUCCACUCUUAAAAAGCUUGUUUCUCCUCACCCAAACCGACCGGCACAAUUGGGACACCCUCGCUGUCCCUCUCCGGCUCUAGCUCUCUCCCCAUAAACCCUCGAGAUUAUGUCAAUUGGUCAGAGCCAGCCAGGGAUUUCGUGCGGGUGCUGAAGAAGCUGCAGGAGCCGGAGAAGAAUGAAACUGCGUGGAGUCAGCCUGGCUGCCGGCUUGUUCUUACUGGCCCUGAGUCUUUGGGGGCAGCCUGCAGAGGCUGUGGCGUGCUAUGGAUGUUCUCCAGGAUCAAAGUGUGACUGUAGUGGUGUAAAAGGAGAAAAGGGGGAGAGAGGAUUUCCAGGUUUGAAAGGCCAUCCAGGUUUGCCUGGAUUUCCAGGUCCAGAAGGGCCUCCAGGGCCUCGGGGACAAAAGGGUGAUGAUGGAAUUCCAGGGCCACCAGGACCAAAAGGGAUCAGAGGUCCUCCUGGACUUCCUGGAUUUCCAGGGACACCAGGUCUUCCUGGAAUGCCAGGCCAUGAUGGGGCCCCAGGACCUCAAGGUAUCCCCGGAUGCAAUGGAACCAAGGGAGAACGUGGAUUUCCAGGCAGUCCCGGUUUUCCUGGUUUACAGGGUCCUCCAGGACCGCCUGGGAUCCCAGGUAUGAAGGGAGAACCAGGUAGUAUAAUUAUGUCAUCACUGCCAGGACCAAAGGGUGACCCAGGAUAUCCAGGUCCUCCUGGAAUACAAGGCCUAGCUGGUCCCACUGGUAUACCAGGACCAAUUGGUCGCCCAGGACCACCAGGUUUGAUGGGUCCUCCUGGUCCCCCAGGACUGCCAGGACCAAAGGGUAAUAUGGGCUUAAAUUUCCAGGGACCCAAGGGUGAAAAGGGUGAGCAAGGUCUUCAGGGCCCCCCUGGGCCACCUGGGCAGAUCAGUGAACAGAAAAGACCAAUUGAUGUAGAGUUUCAGAAAGGAGAUCAGGGACUUCCUGGUGACCGAGGGCCUCCUGGACCUCCAGGGAUACCUGGUCCUCCAGGUCCUCCAGGUGGUGUGAAAGGUGAGAAGGGUGAACAAGGAGAGCCUGGCAAAAGAGGUAAACCGGGCAAAGAUGGAGAGAAUGGCCAACCAGGAAUUCCAGGUUUGCCUGGUGAUCCUGGUUACCCUGGUGAACCUGGAAGGGAUGGAGAAAAGGGCCAAAAAGGUGACGUUGGCCCAACUGGACCUCCUGGACGUGUAAUUCCUAGGCCUGGGACUGGUGUAACUGUAGGAGAAAAAGGAAGCAUUGGAUUACCUGGUUUGCCUGGAGAAAAAGGAGAGCGAGGAUUUCCUGGAAUACAGGGUCCACCUGGUCUUCCUGGACCUCCAGGGACUGCAGUUAUGGGUCCUCCUGGCCCCCCUGGCUUUCCUGGAGAAAGGGGCCAGAAAGGUGAUGAAGGGCCACCCGGAACUUCCAUUCCUGGACCUCCUGGACUUGAUGGACAGCCUGGGGCUCCUGGCCUUCCAGGUCCUCCUGGCCCUCCUGGCCCUCACAUCCCUCCUAGUGAUGAGAUAUGUGAAGCAGGCCCUCCGGGCCCUCCAGGAUCUCCAGGUGAUAGAGGACUCCCGGGAGAACAAGGAGUGAAAGGUGACAAGGGUGACACCUGCUUCAACUGUAUUGGAACUGGUAUUUCAGGGCCUCCAGGUCAGCCUGGUUUGCCAGGUCUUCCAGGUCCUCCAGGAUCUCUUGGUUUCCCUGGGCAGAAGGGUGAAAAAGGACAUGCUGGUGCAACCGGUCCCAAAGGAUUAACAGGCAUGCCAGGAGCUCCAGGUGCUCCAGGCUUUCCUGGAUCUAAAGGUGAACCUGGUGACAUCCUCACUUUUCCAGGAAUGAAGGGUGACAAAGGAGAGUUGGGUUCCCCUGGAGCUCCGGGGCUUCCUGGUUUACCAGGCACCCCUGGACAGGAUGGAUUGCCAGGGCUUCCUGGCCCCAAAGGAGAACCUGGUGGAAUUGCUUUUAAGGGUGAAAGAGGUCCUCCUGGGAACCCAGGUUUGCCAGGUCUCCCAGGGAGUAGAGGGCCUAUGGGCCCUCCUGGUUUUGGCCCUCCAGGCCCAGUAGGUGAAAAAGGCAUACAAGGUGUGGCAGGAAAUCCAGGCCAGCCAGGAUUACCAGGUCCUAAAGGUGAUCCAGGUCAGACCAUAACCCAGCCCGGGAAGCCUGGUCUGCCUGGUAAUCCAGGCAGGGAUGGUGAAGUAGGUCUUCCAGGUGACCCUGGACUCCCAGGCCAGCCAGGCUUGCCAGGAAUACCCGGUAGCAAAGGGGAACCAGGUAUCCCUGGAAUUGGGCUUCCUGGACCACCCGGUCCCAAAGGUUUUCCUGGAAUUCCAGGACCUCCAGGAGCACCUGGGGCACCUGGAAGAAUUGGUCUAGAAGGCCCUUCUGGGCCACCAGGCUUUCCAGGACCAAAGGGAGAACCAGGAUUUGGGCUACCUGGGCCACCUGGGCCUCCAGGACUCCCAGGUUUUAGAGGAACACUUGGUCCAAAAGGGGAUCGUGGUUUUCCAGGACCUCAAGGUCCUCCAGGACGCACUGGCUUGGAUGGGCUGCCUGGACCAAAAGGUGACAUUGGACCAAAUGGACAACCUGGGCCAAUGGGACCUCCUGGGCUACCAGGAAUAGGUGUUCAGGGACCACCAGGGCCACCGGGGAUUCCUGGACCAAUAGGCCAACCUGGUCUACCAGGCUUGCAUGGAAUACCAGGAGAGAAGGGAGAUCCAGGGCCUCCUGGAUUUGAUGUUCCAGGACCCCCUGGUGAGAGAGGCAGUCCAGGACUCCCCGGAGCGCCUGGUCCUAUGGGACCCCCAGGAUCACCAGGGCUCCCAGGAAAAGCAGGUGCCUCUGGCUUUCCAGGUGCCAAAGGUGAAAUGGGUAUGAUGGGACCUCCAGGCCCACCAGGACCUUUGGGAAUUCCUGGCAGGAGUGGUGUUCCUGGUCUCAAAGGUGAUGACGGUUUACAGGGUCAGCCAGGACCUCCUGGCCCUGCAGGAGUGAAAGGUGGUAAAGGAGAGCCUGGCCUUCCAGGCCCUCCUGGACCAAUGGAUCCAGAUCUGCUGGGCUUAAAAGGAGAGAAGGGGGACCCUGGCUUACCAGGUAUUCCUGGAAUUUCAGGGCCAAAAGGUUACCAGGGUCUGCCUGGAGACCCAGGGCAACCUGGACUGAGUGGACAACCUGGAUUACCAGGACCAUCAGGCCCCAAGGGUAACCCUGGUCCCCCUGGGACGCCAGGACUUACAGGACCUCCUGGACUUAAAGGAAACAUAGGUGAUAUGGGUUUUCCAGGCCCUCAGGGUGUGAAAGGGUCUCCUGGAUCUCCUGGAAUUCCUGGACAACCUGGCACCCCAGGAUUACCUGGACAGAAAGGAGAAAAAGGUGAUCCUGGUGUUUCAGGCAUUGGUCUUCCCGGUCUUCCUGGCCCAAAGGGUGAACCUGGUCUGCCUGGAUACCCAGGUAACCCUGGUAUCAAAGGUUCUCUGGGAGAUACUGGUUUGCCCGGAUUACCAGGGACCCCUGGAGCAAAAGGACAACCAGGCCUUCCUGGAUUCCCUGGAACCCCAGGCCUUCCUGGACCAAAAGGUAUUAAUGGUCCUCCUGGGAACCCUGGCCUUCCAGGAGAACCUGGUCCUGUAGGUGGUGGAGGUCGUCCGGGGCCACCAGGGCCUCCAGGUGAAAAAGGCAAACCAGGUCAAGAUGGUAUUCCUGGACCAGCUGGACAGAAGGGUGAACCAGGUCAACCAGGCUUUGGAAUCCCAGGACCCCCUGGACUCCCAGGACUUUCUGGUCAAAAGGGUGAUGAAGGAUUGCCUGGCAUUCCAGGAAACCCUGGACUUCCAGGUCCAAAGGGCGAACCAGGCUUUCAGGGUUUCCCUGGUGUUCAGGGUCCCCCAGGCCCUCCUGGUUCUCCAGGUCCAGCUCUGGAAGGCCCUAAAGGCAACCCUGGGCCCCAGGGUCCUCCUGGAAGACCAGGUCCUACAGGUUUUCAAGGUCUACCAGGUCCAGAAGGUCCCCGUGGUCUCCCUGGAAAUGGAGGUGUUAAAGGAGAGAGAGGAAACCCAGGCCAACCUGGGCAACCUGGUUUGCCUGGUUUGAAAGGAGAUCAAGGACCACCAGGACCCCAGGGUAAUCCUGGCCGGCCAGGUCUCAAUGGAAUGAAAGGAGAUCCUGGUCUCCCUGGUGUUCCAGGAUUUCCAGGCAUGAAAGGACCCAGUGGAAUACCUGGUUUAACUGGCCCUGAGGGGGAUCCAGGACUUAUUGGCCCCCCAGGUCCUCCUGGAUUACCUGGUCCUUCAGGACAGAGUAUUAUAAUCAAAGGAGAUGCUGGUCCACCAGGGGUCCCAGGCCAGCCUGGAUUAAAAGGUCUACCAGGACUACCAGGACCUCAAGGCUUACCAGGUCCAAUUGGCCCUCCAGGAGAGCCUGGACGCAAUGGACUCCCUGGCUUUGAUGGUGCAGGAGGGCGCAAAGGAGACCCAGGUCUGCCAGGCCAGCCAGGUACUCGCGGUUUGGAUGGUCCCCCUGGGCCAGAUGGAUUGCAAGGCCCCCCAGGUCCUCCUGGAACCUCCUCUAUUGCCCAUGGAUUCCUCAUCACACGUCACAGCCAGACAACAGAUGCACCACAAUGCCCGCAGGGUACUGUCCAGAUAUAUGAAGGCUUUUCUCUCCUGUAUGUACAAGGAAAUAAAAGAGCUCACGGUCAAGACUUGGGGACGGCUGGCAGCUGCCUUCGUCGCUUCAGUACCAUGCCUUUUAUGUUCUGCAACAUCAAUAAUGUUUGCAACUUUGCUUCAAGAAAUGAUUAUUCUUACUGGCUCUCUACCCCAGAACCCAUGCCAAUGAGCAUGGAGCCCCUGAAGGGCCAGAGCAUUCAGCCAUUCAUUAGUCGAUGUGCAGUAUGUGAAGCUCCAGCUGUGGUCAUUGCAGUUCACAGUCAGACCAUCCAGAUUCCCCGUUGUCCUCAGGGAUGGGAUUCUCUCUGGAUUGGUUAUUCCUUCAUGAUGCAUACAAGUGCAGGAGCAGAGGGCUCGGGUCAAGCCCUGGCCUCCCCUGGUUCCUGCUUGGAGGAGUUUCGUUCAGCUCCUUUUAUCGAAUGUCAUGGGCGAGGUACCUGCAACUACUAUGCCAACUCCUACAGCUUUUGGCUGGCGACUGUAGAUAUGUCAGACAUGUUCAGCAAACCUCAGUCGGAAACGCUGAAAGCAGGAGACUUGAGGACACGUAUUAGCCGAUGUCAAGUGUGCAUGAAGAGGACAUAACAUUUUGAAGAAUUCCUUGUGUGUUUUUAAAUGUGAUAUAUAUGCAUAUAUAUAUAUAAAAUUCCCAGGAUGCAAUGUCUCACUCUCCCCAACUUCACCACUGCUGCCACCAAUGGUGCUACUAUAUAUGACCAAGAGAACAUGCUGACUAGUAAUCAUGAAGAUUCCGAUGUACCUCAGCAAUGUGCCAGAGCAAGGUGUCUAUUAUUUUUCUAUGAAAGAAAUAAGGAAAUGAAUUUACUCUUUGGGUCCAGAAUGACUUUCUCCAAGGAUUAUAAGAUGAAGAUUAUAUAUUUUGCCCAGUAACUAAAAUGGCACGUUAAAAAUUCAAUUAAGAGAAGAAUCACACUGAGUGAAAUAAAAGACUGCAGUUUGGGGGAAGAAUUAUUUUUCAUGGUGCUACUAAUCCUACUGUAUCCCAGGUUUUUAAUAUAAAAGUGUUAAGCUUAUUUUGCUCUGUAAGUAAAGAAUGUGUAUAUUGUGUAAACAGCCUUUUAGCGCAAAAUGUUCAGUCAUUUAGAUGUGAACUGACAUGACUCACUCUUUACAGAAAACUUAGGAAAACCUAGAAUACAGACAGCAAGAUUUUAUAUCCAUGUUUAUCAAAGUGAGAGAAUUUGUAUUCUUGCAUCAGGUUACUACUGAGAGUAAAUUUAUUUUGAGUUUUAUCCUCUAAGUUCGUAUCUGACUUUUUUAAAAAUUAGGUCAUUUCUAGUCACUUUAAUCAGAAUUUUAAAUGUUCCUGUUACAUACCAAAUUUAUAAUAUCCAAUGGAGCAAUUCACUUUUGCUAUAUUCUCAAAGACACUCUUAACACUAGAUGCCCCCUGUUUUAAUAUUUCUUACAUCUUGUUUUUGCUCAUCCCUGACUGGGCAAAGGUUCUCCCAAAUAAUUUUGAGAAGCAAAAACAUACCAAAAAAAAGACAAUUCUUUUCCUGUGCUUCUUAUGUAAGAAUUAUUCUCCUGUGGUCUCUGCUUGUACAAGAACUGGGAAGACAGUACUCGGUUAGUCUUCUCUCAUCAAUUACAAAGCCAAUUGAUGUUUCUUACUCUUUUUUAUUUUAAACAUUUUAUUAUAAAUAGUCAUAGAAUACUUUAUUUCCCUAGCUGUCAUCUUCUCACUUGAUGUUUUUUAACUCACCAAUAUCAAUUUAAUUAAAGAUAUAUGUUGUAAGGAUG